AUGGAUGUUUGGUGGAUAUUAUUAAUUCUUAUCGUAAGAACUGUUGCUGAACAAUCAGAAUCUAAAUUUAUGAACAAUGGUACUGGUCUUGAGGUAAUGACUUGUGUAUGGCCGUUUGCUAAAACACCGUCGGAAAACUGUGUUAACAUCUUAAUCGAUCGAAACAACUGUGGCAAGAUCAGCCACAAAUGUAAUGCUACUUAUAAAAGUUGUUCGGGUGGUGUAUGUAGUGUGGCACCUGCUAUUCAGCUAAUCGAACCAAAAAUCAUUUAUCAAGGAGCUCUCAACGGAUCAAAAUAUUAUGGUGAAUUUGAUGUUAAUUUACCACUCAACAUAACUUUAUAUGAUAUAAAAACAAAUUAUGUUAUUGUGACACCAAGUGGAGCUCUCUGUCUUGGAAAAUGUUCAUAUAAAUAUUCGGAAUCAAUCUUACCCAACAUGAAGGGAUUCUCUGGCGUAACAGCAUUUCCAUUCGUUGACGAUUUGAUUAUCCGUAAUGGAACAUCUCAAGGAAUCUAUUAUAAAGUUUCUGGCAAGACACCUAAUCGAACUCUUGCUUUUGAAUACUAUGCAACACUUGUUCUAUCAAAACAUCAGAUCUGUCACUUUCAAGUAUUAUUUUUCGAAAAUAGACCUAAUAUUGUUCAAUUCAUCUAUCUUAAUGUACCUGAUAUUGGUAGUUAUCCUGCUGUUGGCGUGCAAAAUUUAAUCACUGGUCUAUUUAUGCAAUACUCUUUUCGAGAACCACACGCCAUAAUGUCAAAUAUGUCUAUCACAUUCGAUACAAAAAACAAUAACUACACUGCAGUUCUCUUAUGUGGAUCAAAAACAUGUACAAUGAAUGAAGCAUGUGUUCAAAACAUGUGUAUUCAACGAGGUCGUUUGAGUUUCACCGCUCAUUGGCCUCAGAGAAAAGGUCGAGGUUACAUUAUUGUUCGAACACCACUUAACCAUACUAUCUAUUUUGGUAGCUCUCGUAAUAAAUCAUCUAUUGAUCAAGGUCAACAUGAACAAGUUGGUAAUGGAAAUCAAGUUGAUAACAUUUAUUGGCCAUUGAAUAGAAUGCCACCAAAGGGAUCGUACAAGAUUUGUUUUAGUACAGGUAGUCUAUUGAAUGGCACUGAUAAAUCACCAGUAACAGUAACAAUAGAAAUACGACGUUUUCGACAACGAAUGGAAACAAUGAGUCGAACGUUUAAUAGAUCAACGACGAAGCUAAAUGCAUGUUUAGAUACAAGUGAUACAUUUAUUAGAUCAUAUUCAUCAGAAGAGAAAGAACAAAAUUGUCACUUUCAAAUUUUAUUGUUCGAAUCUAAUCCUGGUCUUAUUCAAUUCAUCUAUUUAAAUGUGCCUGAUACUGACGAUUCUGAUGAAAUUGGUGUACAAAAUUUAGAAUCGGACAUAACUGAUCUCAAGUAUUCUUCUAGCCAACCAUUUUUUAUGCUACGAAAUAUGUCUAUUAUAUUUGAUACCAAUCAAAAUAUAUAUACUACUGCAAUCAUUUGUGGAUCAGCAGCAUGUCUAAUAGGUGAAGCAUGUGUGCAAAAUAUGUGUAUUCAACAAGGUGAACUCAGUUUUACUGCCCGUUGGUCUCAGAGAAAAGGUCAAGGUUACAUUAUUGUUCGAACACCACUUAAUAAUACUAUCUAUUUUGGCAAUUCUCGUAAUAAAUCAUCUGUUGAUCAAGGUCAACAUGAACAAGUUGGUGAUGGAAAUCAAGUUGAUAACAUUUAUUGGCCAUCAAAUAGAAUGUUGCCAAAAAGAUUUUUCAAAAUUUGUUUUAGUACAGGUAGUCUAUUGAAUGGCACUGAUAAAUCACCAAUAACAGUAACAAUAGAAAUACGACGCGUUCGACGACUAAUGGAAACAAUGACUCGAACGUUUAAUAGAUCGACGACAAAUGUGACUGAAUGUUUGGAAACAAGUGAUACAUUUAUUGGAUCAUAUUCAUCAGUUAUUUGCGAAUGGCCGUACGCUGUAGCACCUACGGCAACUUGUGUUAAUAUCUUAAUCGAUCGAAACAACUGUGGAAAAGUCGGUCGUAAGUGUAAUAAUACUUACAAUAGUUGUUCUGGUGGUGUAUGCGGCAUGGCACGUGCGAUUCAACUAACUGAACCAAAAACACUUAUACAAGGCGCUAUCAAUGGAACAGUGGAUAGCAAAACAGUCUUUGUUUCUUUACCAUUUAACAUUACUUUGUAUAAUGAUACGGGUGAUACAGUUUACCUAGAUUUAUAUGGGGUGAGUCUUUGGCCUUAA